UUAAUCAUGGAAACUGGGCUAUUCCUGUUUGUGCACUUCUAGCUGUCUUCUGUUGUAAAUAUUAAAAGGUAACGACAAAAGGAUGAAAACCUUUUUAAAAAGGCGCAAAUCAGUUAAUCCAUCAGAUCAUGUGAUUGCUACUGAUUACAUGGAUAUCUUUAGGGAAGCAGAAAAUGAUUGCUGAACACAUGCCUUGUGUUUUGAUGAUUGCAUUAAAAGUCCCCCAGCGGGAUGGCAUUUAUUGGCUCUCAGAGCUUUUCUUAGAUUAAAUUUCAGGCAGCCAGUACAAGGAGAAACAUCAUAACCUGUAUCCAACAGCAUAUGUGCAGCUAAAGAAUAAUCUUAAUCAAGUCCUUCUAAGCUCUGCUAAAUAAACGAGGGUUUUCAGCAAGACCCCAGACUUUUAUUUUGAAGUGGAGUAGCAGCUGUUGGCUAUUGCGGUGCAGAGCUGCAGCGAGGCCUGGGUCACACAGUGCUCCGGGUGUCUGCAGGCUGCAGGCCGAGCCCAGUGGCGCAGGCACUGAGCUGUAGUUAUUUGCUGUGCUAUUUGACCUCUUGGUUUGAGAGAGCUCCCUGGACCAUCUAAUGGCUAUGGGAGAUGAUAAAAGCUUCGAUGAUGAAGAAUCAGUGGAUGGAAAUAGGCCGUCAUCAGCUGCUUCAGCCUUCAAGGUUCCUGCACCUAAAACAUCCGGAAAUCCUGUCAACAGUGCAAGGAAGCCUGGUUCAGCAGGUGGCCCUAAGGUUGGAGCAGGUGCUUCUAAGGAAGGAGGUGCUGGAGCAGUUGAUGAAGAUGAUUUUAUAAAAGCUUUUACAGAUGUCCCUUCUGUUCAGAUUUAUUCUAGUCGAGAACUCGAAGAAACAUUAAAUAAAAUCAGGGAAAUUUUGUCAGAUGACAAACAUGACUGGGAUCAGCGUGCCAAUGCACUGAAGAAAAUCCGAUCACUGCUUGUUGCUGGAGCUGCACAGUAUGAUUGCUUUUUUCAACAUUUACGCUUGUUGGAUGGAGCACUUAAACUUUCAGCUAAGGAUCUUCGAUCCCAGGUGGUUAGAGAAGCUUGUAUUACUGUAGCCCAUCUUUCAACAGUUUUGGGAAACAAGUUUGAUCAUGGCGCUGAAGCCAUUGUACCUACACUUUUUAAUCUUGUCCCCAAUAGUGCAAAAGUCAUGGCAACUUCUGGAUGUGCAGCAAUCAGAUUUAUCAUUCGGCAUACUCAUGUACCCAGACUUAUACCUUUAAUAACAAGCAAUUGCACAUCAAAAUCAGUUCCCGUGAGGAGACGUUCAUUUGAAUUUUUAGAUUUAUUGUUGCAAGAGUGGCAGACUCAUUCGUUGGAAAGACAUGCAGCUGUCUUGGUUGAAACUAUUAAAAAGGGAAUUCAUGAUGCUGAUGCUGAGGCCAGAGUGGAGGCAAGAAAGACAUAUAUGGGUCUUAGAAACCACUUUCCUGGUGAAGCUGAAACAUUAUAUAAUUCCCUUGAGCCAUCUUAUCAGAAGAGUCUUCAGACUUAUUUAAAGAGUUCUGGCAGUGUAGCAUCUCUUCCACAAUCAGACAGGUCCUCAUCCAGCUCACAGGAAAGUCUCAAUCGCCCUUUUUCUUCCAAAUGGUCUACAGCAAAUCCAUCAACUGUGGCUGGAAGAGUAUCAGCAGGCAGCAGCAAAGCCAGUUCCCUUCCAGGAAGUCUGCAGCGUUCACGAAGUGACAUUGAUGUGAAUGCUGCUGCUGGUGCCAAAGCACAUCAUGCUGCUGGACAGUCUGUGCGAAACGGGCGCUUAGGUGCAGGUGCCCUGAAUCCAGGUUCCUAUGCAUCACUAGGCCGGGUGAGAGCAAAACUUUCAGCACCACUUACUGGCAUGGGAAAUGCCAAGACAGAUUCUAGAGGAAGAAGUCGAACAAAAAUGGUGUCUCAAUCACAGCCUGGUAGCCGGUCUGGGUCUCCAGGAAGAGUUCUGACCACAACAGCCCUGUCCACUGUGAGCUCUGGUGUUCAAAGAGUCCUGGUCAAUACAGCCUCAGCACAAAAAAGAAGCAAGAUACCACGGAGCCAGGGCUGUAGCCGAGAGGCCAGUCCAUCUAGGCUUUCAGUGGCCCGAAGCAGUCGUAUUCCUCGACCAAGUGUGAGUCAAGGAUGCAGCCGGGAAGCUAGUCGGGAGAGCAGCAGGGACACAAGUCCUGUUCGUUCUUUUCAGCCCCUUGGUCCGGGUUAUGGGAUCAGCCAAUCAAGUCGACUGUCGUCUUCUGUUAGUGCCAUGCGAGUCCUGAACACAGGUUCUGAUGUGGAGGAGGCGGUAGCAGAUGCCUUGAAAAAACCAGCUCGAAGAAGAUAUGAAUCAUAUGGAAUGCAUUCAGAUGAUGACGCCAACAGCGAUGCAUCUAGUGCUUGUUCAGAACGCUCCUAUAGUUCUCGAAAUGGUAGUAUUCCUACAUAUAUGAGGCAGACGGAAGAUGUGGCAGAAGUCCUUAAUAGAUGUGCUAGUUCCAAUUGGUCAGAAAGGAAGGAAGGCCUCCUAGGUCUGCAGAACUUAUUGAAAAAUCAGAGAACACUAAGUCGAGUUGAACUGAAAAGAUUAUGUGAAAUUUUCACAAGAAUGUUUGCUGACCCUCAUGGCAAGAGAGUAUUCAGCAUGUUUUUGGAAACGCUAGUGGAUUUCAUACAAGUCCACAAAGAUGAUCUUCAAGAUUGGUUGUUUGUACUGCUGACACAACUACUAAAAAAAAUGGGUGCUGAUUUGCUUGGAUCUGUUCAGGCAAAAGUUCAGAAAGCCCUUGAUGUUACAAGAGAAUCUUUUCCAAAUGAUCUUCAGUUCAAUAUUCUAAUGAGAUUUACAGUUGAUCAGACCCAAACACCAAGCUUAAAGGUGAAGGUUGCUAUCCUUAAAUACAUAGAAACUCUGGCCAAACAGAUGGAUCCAGGAGAUUUUAUAAAUUCCAGUGAAACUCGCUUAGCAGUGUCUCGGGUCAUCACUUGGACAACAGAACCAAAAAGUUCUGAUGUUCGAAAGGCAGCACAGUCAGUACUGAUUUCAUUAUUUGAACUCAAUACCCCAGAGUUUACAAUGUUAUUAGGAGCUUUACCAAAAACUUUUCAGGAUGGUGCUACGAAGCUUCUUCAUAAUCACCUUCGAAACACUGGCAAUGGAACCCAGAGUUCCAUGGGGAGUCCUUUGACAAGACCAACACCACGAUCACCGGCUAACUGGUCCAGUCCUCUUACUUCACCUACCAACACAUCACAGAAUACUUUAUCUCCAAGUGCAUUUGAUUAUGACACAGAAAAUAUGAACUCUGAAGAUAUUUAUAGCUCUCUUAGAGGUGUCACCGAAGCAAUCCAGAAUUUCAGCUUCCGUAGCCAAGAAGAUAUGAAUGAGCCAUUGAAAAGGGAUUCUAAAAAAGACGAUGGCGAUUCAAUGUGUGGUGGUCCUGGGAUGUCUGACCCAAGAGCAGGAGGUGAUGCCACUGACUCAAGCCAAACAGCUCUCGAUAAUAAAGCUUCAUUGCUUCAUUCAGUGCCUACUCACUCCUCUCCACGCUCUCGAGACUAUAAUCCGUAUAACUAUUCAGAUAGCAUCAGUCCCUUCAACAAGUCUGCCCUCAAGGAAGCCAUGUUUGAUGAUGAUGCUGACCAGUUUCCUGACGAUCUUUCCCUAGACCAUUCUGACCUAGUUGCAGAGUUGUUGAAGGAGCUGUCUAACCAUAAUGAGCGUGUAGAAGAAAGAAAAAUCGCCCUCUAUGAGCUUAUGAAACUGACACAGGAAGAAUCUUUUAGUGUUUGGGAUGAACACUUCAAAACAAUAUUGCUUUUAUUGCUUGAAACUCUUGGAGAUAAAGAGCCUACAAUCAGGGCUUUGGCAUUAAAGGUUUUAAGAGAAAUCCUAAGGCAUCAACCAGCAAGAUUUAAAAACUAUGCAGAAUUGACUGUCAUGAAAACAUUGGAAGCACAUAAAGAUCCUCAUAAGGAGGUGGUGAGAUCUGCCGAGGAAGCAGCAUCAGUGUUAGCCACUUCAAUUAGUCCAGAGCAGUGCAUCAAAGUGCUUUGUCCUAUCAUCCAAACUGCAGACUACCCAAUUAAUCUGGCUGCAAUCAAAAUGCAAACAAAAGUGAUAGAAAGAGUGUCCAAGGAAACCCUUAACCUCCUUUUGCCAGAGAUUAUGCCAGGUCUGAUACAGGGUUAUGAUAAUUCGGAGAGCAGUGUUCGGAAAGCUUGUGUCUUCUGCCUGGUGGCUGUUCAUGCGGUAAUUGGUGAUGAACUAAAACCACAUCUCAGUCAACUUACUGGCAGUAAAAUGAAGCUACUGAAUCUUUACAUCAAACGUGCACAAACGGGUUCUGGAGGAGCUGAUCCCACUACUGAUGUUUCUGGACAAAGUUAGUGAAGCUCAUCACAGCGAACCAGGUCUCUCAAAAGAAAGGACAGAUAGACCACCCUCAUCAAUGAAAGGAAAUUCUCAAACACAUCUUUUGGAACUUACUAUUGUUUCCCAGUUUUAGUUUUUUGUUUCGUUUCGUUUUGUAUUUUCUGUAACAGAGGACUAUCCUCAGUCUGCAUGUAACUUUUAUGAUAGUUAUUCCAAAUUCAAGAAGAAGCAGUAUUAACAUCAAUUGAUCGAUACAAAGUAAUUUUUAAUCUAAUUCAUCAUUUCACAUGUUUGUACUUUGUCUUCCCAUUAACCUUUGCCAGUGUUACGAUUGUAUAAAUUUUUUUAAAUGCUGGUUAAACAGGAAUGCUUAAAGCUUUAAAAGUUUAACAGUCUAAAACAUUUUUGCUUUUAUUCAACUGCAGAAUAAUAUUUUUAUUGCUACUUUGAGUUUUGUUCCGUAUCAUGUCCUAUGCUAGAAAUAUUUAAAUGAUGUGAAAAAAAGCAGGACUAAUUUGAACUACCGCUGGACUCUGUUUGUGUGAUGGUGAUACAUGUCAUUAGUUGCAACUUCUUUGGGGUGAUCUCUAGUUUGAAAACUAAAACCUCAAAGACAGAUGUUACAGAAUCAGCCAGUUCUAUAAAACUGAUAUCGUCUGUUGGUUAUUGAUCUUGCCAUCUUUAUUUAAAACCAUGUCCCUUCUAUGAUCCCUUAAGAAAGCUGCACCAAAUCAUCUGCCUGUUUUUUCUUGAUACUUACUGAAAUAGAAGGUUUUAUUGCAGGGUUUUCUUUGUUUUUUUGGUUUGUUUAUAUCUUUGUUGUGAAUGAUGCUUUUUUUGUAUUUAUUAAUAUCAAAUUCACUUAUGAAUAAACUUGAUAAUGGAAACAGACAAAAAAAUCAAGUGCGUGUGUGUCCUUGACCGUCUUCUGUUUCUCACGUAGUGAACAAACUAAUUAUCAAGACAUGGGAGUGACCAGCACCUUUUAUUUAAAUGGUGAAACCUGGUUUCCUUUUACCAUGAAAUUGUCUUGAAAAUACUGAUCCUGAUGAGAGAGAAGAUGGUGCCAAGGCUAUCUUUGUAUAACGGGCUCAAAUUCUCUACCUCUUCAGGACUAAUACUUUUAACUGAGCUGCUGCCUAUAGUGUCUUUUGGAAAACUACUUAAAGGGUGAUUUUCUGUUACUUUUUAACAAAUUUUUUUUAAUCACCUCUUGCUACACCCAUUCUUUUCAUGUGCAGCUGACUUUCAAAAAUUACCAGUUUUGGUGAAAGGCCAAAUUAGAUAAUUUGGAACCAGGAUACUAAUGAUUUCUCAUCUUGACUUUUUUUAAAAUCCUAAUAUAAAGUGAAUUUGAUUGAAAAGGCAAAUAGCUAUUAGGGAAGCAAUUUGCUAUUGUUACAGAGUUAUCUGUACUUUGUUUAACUGAAAAAAAUGUAGAAAUGUAUGUAAAGAAUUUAAGACAGGAGUACUGAAUGGAUGAUUUGUCAUAGGCUUUCCCCUUCCUUUGUUUCUGUUCGAGCAGCAGGAGAAGUUUCUCUAUAUCCUCUCCCUCUACCUGUAACAAUUUUGUUUUCUACUGUUAAUUACAUUGUGUAUUUAUAGUUCUAUGCUUACUGUUGUGCAUAUACUGGCAAUAAAACUGUACAUAACAUUACUUGAAAAAGUUAAUGUAUAUCAGUUUUUCUGUCUCACUGUGUAAGAAGUCACUCAGUUUUAACUUGAGAAGGUCUUGUAUCAGUGGUGGUCUCUUGAAUUUUCUAAAUUCAUCUGAGGAGAAAAGAUUUUUCAGGUGUAGCAACUACAAUCAAAGGUAUAUAGCUACAUACGCAUGUAUAACAACUUAUCUGUAAGAAGAAAAUGCAUUUUAAACAUUGAGCUCUUCUCAGUAGCAUUUUAUAACCUUUGGAUAUGUUUGUAAUCAUUUCAAAUCAAAAUAUUGAUUUAAUUUUGACCUCUGGUUUAAGAUACUGCUUUAACUAUUGUUGACAACUAAGUAGAGUGACUUAAGCUGAAUAGUAACUCUAACUGGAAAAUUACAUCAAGCCCCUGGCAUCUAAUGGUAGACAGGCAUUCAAGAAAUGAAUUAACUACGCAACGGAAAAGUACGGUUUAAUGUGUCCAAAUGAAAGCUAAUAGAUUAUAAACAUGAAAAAAUUGUGUUUACAAUUCUAUAAUCUCAGUUGAUAAGACUGUAAGAAAGUUAUUGAUUAUUUAAAUCACUAUAUACAAUACACCCUUAAUUUGUUCAUUCCAGAAACAUAUUUAGAUGUCAGCUACUUAAAAAUGGUCACGAAAAGCUACUGUUUAAAUUUUUCCUCCUGCUAUUCUCUCCCAAAUUAAUUAUUAGUGUUGUUCAUUUACUGCACUGCUGAGAACUAAUUAAAAUUAUAUAUUCCAGAUUGUAAAA